GCCCGCCGUUCUCCAUCCGCACCCUGACUCCUGGGUGGCACCUGGUUGGCUCCUGUUGUUCUUACCCUUUUCGACUUUUUCCACCCGAUGCUCGCCGCCCCCCUUUUACACACGUCUCUUCGCCUUUCCCUCUUCUUCUCGUCUCGUCGUGAUCGCCAGCCCACCACACGUUUCGACCGUUCUGUUUUUUUUUCCUCCCCUCGUACCCCCUUCAAUCCUUUUAUUCUUCUUUUCCUCACCUCAGUCAAUCCUUUGAUAUCAAAUUAAUUUUUCCCUAGCCAAGUCUGGAUCCCGUCACUCUCUCCGGGAUACCAUUUCGUUCCUUGUCGGCUUCAUCGACUCUUCGCGAAUAUUAACUACCGUGAGGCUCCAUCGUACGAGGCCCCCUGUAGUCAAUACUGUCAUUCGACAUUGUUGCCUGUCCGUCACUUUGCUGGACCAGCACCACGCUCCUUCAGCUUUGGAACGAGAAAAAGAUCACUGCCUACCUGCAUAACCACCAUAUAUUCCCUAUUCACUAUCAGCAACAAACCCUCGAUCCCGAACGAACUACUCAACGUGCUGGUUACGACACAUCGACUCGGAAUCUAUCAGGAACUUGGGGACACCUAAUAAGAGCUGCUUGAAAGUUGGAACUGGAAGCAACUGGCCCAAGUUGACCUUCAGCCCUCGACCGCCUUUUCUAUCGCACGCUUGAUAUUACAGUCUUGACGCGCAAGAAAUGGCUACUGAGAUUAAUAUGCCCAUGGGCCCUGGCCCCCUCGGUGAAGCCGGCUCUCUCAAGAUUGAUACUGGCUCCAACAUGGAGGUCUCAAUUCCAUCACCCGUCUCGGCCGCCCCUGGCGAACUUAACGAGACACCAUCGCCCUCGACGCCCGCCAACCCGAACUCUGCCUCUCGCCGCCCACCGCGCAAGAGCACCCUGACGCAGCAGCAGAAGAACCAGAAGCGCCAGCGGGCCACCCAGGACCAGCUGACGACCCUGGAGCAGGAGUUCGCCAAGAACCCGACACCCACAGCAACUGUUCGUGACAGGAUAGCCGAGGAAAUCAACAUGACCGAGAGGUCUGUUCAGAUUUGGUUCCAGAACAGGCGCGCCAAGAUCAAGUUGAUGGCCAAGAAGAGCCUGGAGACUGGCGAGGAUAUUGACAGCAUACCGGAGUCGAUGCGCACAUACCUCGCUAUGCAGGCUAUGGAGUCUGGUAAAGGUUUUCCCGGUGCCUUCCUUGGCCGUGGUAUGAUGCCAUAUGGCCAUGGAAACAUGCUCAUGGCGGGAGAGCAGGGCGGUCCCAGCAAAGUUGUGAUUCACCAUCUUACCUGCCGCUCUCUGAGCAUCGGAAAGUGGACACGUGUAGGCCAGAACACGAUGGACCUGAUCGUUUUCUACUCGCCCGACAAGUGCACCAUGACCUACUACAUCAACAACGAGCAAGCAGGAUACAAGAUCGAGUAUCACUUCUCGUGCAUCAAGAGCAUUUGCGUAGAGAAUGCCGAUGACCCGACCAAGGUCGGAGGCAUUGUCAUUGAACUGAACCGACCCCCGAGCUUCUUCAUGGACCAGUCGCCGACUUCGAAUGGCUUCUUCCAGUGUGGCGACUUCACCGAGGACCAGCAGGCAUCUCAAUGUCUCGUCCACCACCUCGGUGGCAACCCCAAGGUGCUCAGCGGUCAACUCGCCAAACUGGUAUCACUCGAAUCAUUCAUGAACCGCCACAACACAAUGGCCUACCACCCCGACCCGAUGGCCCACGGUGGCAUGCCUGUGUCUGCUCCAGUAUCGCCCACCAACAGGCCCUCAUCUCAGCCCAACUUUGCGCAGCCGCACGUCGGUCUAUUCCAGGAAUCCCAGUGGGGCAUCUCACCAGCGCACCAUGUUAUGCGUGGUCCCGGCCACAAGAGACAGCGCAGUCGCUCUGUGCCGAUCGCCGUCGACUUCUCGAUGCUGCAAACCCCAAUGCCGUCGUUCUACAUCCAGCACCCCGGAGAGGCUCAGCCGCAGCCGCAUAGCCCCAACAUCUAUGCUCCUGUGCCUCAGCAGCCGCACGCGCUUUCGCCUGCCGGCCCCGGCCUGCGCAUCGAUACUCAAGCUGGUUUUGGACUCGAUAUGCGCCAGUAUCCCAUGUCAGCCACGACUGCUCCUUCGCCCUCGGAGUACAACAGCCCGUCUUUCUUUUCCCAGGCGCCUGAGAACACGCCGCUACCCGCAUCUAACUUCAACACUCCCUACAGCAGCACUUUCCUGUCGCCCAUGAUGAAUGCUACGAACCUGAAUGUCCCUCAGUCUGUGUCUCCCAUCUCUUUCUCUGGCGGAGACCCGGCAAUCGUCGAUCAAUCUCCUCCCAUGUCUAUGCUUGGACGCAGCGCCUCGGCCGACAUUUAUCACGGCGGCGACUCGUCUGCGAUCUCGGAUGAUGGCCACAGCCUGAACGACAUGUACUCCAAACACGCCAUCACGUUGCCAAUGCACCCUCCUCACUCGCCAGCUUUCGUUGAGCCUAGCCAGGCCGAACUUGACAUGAACCAAUUGGUCCAGUUCGAUACGGUUGACCCAUCGAGUCUAUCUCCCGAGAGCGUCCACCAAGGCAUUGGUGGCCAGUGAUCUGGUUUUGUCUGGACCGACUGAGCAUUCUUUGCUUUGGGUAAUUCAGAAUGCUUUUGGCCGCUACAUAAAAGCGUCGAGCCAAUUAAAUUUGAGCUAUGGCUAGCCCUAGGCGCUUUUAUGAAGUCUGGAGCGGCAUUUGAGGUGGUGAGGGAGUUUCAUUUAAAGACAGGAUAUGACACAUAUACCCAAUCUGGCGCGAUUUCAUUAAUGGGAGGGACGGUUGCUGGAUUUUUCGCGAUUUUCAUUUACUCUUUUAACCCCUUUUUUUCUGGUAUAUACAUUCUGGCGUUGUCUGGCAUCUGGAUAAUUCCUCUUCCCAGUUCGAAAAAAACUUAUCUCGAUGUACCUUUGUUCGCACGGUUCGGCCCAGCAUCAAGACAUCUGCAGCCUUCUGAGCGGAUGUUUUUUGAUAGGCUGUACCUUUCGAUCGCCCCCCUCUCUUUUUUUUUGUUCUUUUACUUGUUUGGUACGAUGUUGAAUUUCCUUGAUUCUCUUGGGCAUACGAAGGGCCCGGGCGGAUGCCCGCGCAGCAUUUUCCAAAAAAACACCAUUUCCUUUUGUUUAGGGAGUGAAGCAGACUUUUCACAUGUUUAUAAACCGUCGAAAAGGGUGAAGACCACCUAGUUUCUAGUAUCGCAUCAUUGUUCGCCUCUUGGAUGGCGACACUUAAUAU